AGAUCUGGAAUCCUAAGAAGACUGAGGAUUUUCAUACCUAUAAACUGUAACUAGUAUAACUAUGAAGAAGAGAGAGUCAAAGUGAAAGUAAGUUUAAAGGCAAGUGAGUGACUUCCUUGUUUGGGUGCAUACUUGCUUCACUCAGAGACAAAAUGGCGUCCAGACUGGAGGAAGAUCUGUGCUGUCCGGUCUGCCAUGACAUCUUUAAAGUUCCGGUCAUCCUGUCCUGCAGCCACAGCGUCUGUAAAGACUGUCUGCAGAGCUGGUGGAGGGAGAAGGAGAACCAGGAGUGUCCACUUUGUAAGAGGAGACAGUCAAAGGACGAACUACGUCCUAACUUUGCUUUAAAGAACCUGUGUGAGAGUUUCCUCCAGGAGGGAGGUCAGAGCUCCUCAGAGGAGCUCUGCAGUCUGCACUCUGAGAAACUCAAACUCUUCUGCCUGGACCAUCAGCAGCCGGUGUGUGUCGUCUGCAGAGAUUCAGAGAAACACGCCGACCACAGAUUCAGACCCAUCGAUGAAGCUGCUCGAGAGCACAAGAAGAACCUUCAGGAAACUCUGGAGCCCUUAAAGGAGAAGUUAAAGGUCUGUGAAGGAGCUAAAGUGAAGUUUGAUCAAACUGCAGACCACAUUCAGGACCAGGCCCGACUCACAGAGAGGCAGAUUAAGGAGCAGUUUAAGACGCUUCACCUGUUUCUAGAGGAGGAAGAGGAGGCCAGGCUGUCUGCACUGAGGGAGGAAGAGGAGCAGAAGAGUCAGAGGAUGAAGGAGCAGAUGGAGGAUCUGAGCAGAGAGAUAGCAGCUCUGUCAGACUCAGUCAGAGCCACAGAGGACGAGCUGAGAGCUGCAGACGUCUCAUUCCUGAAAAACUACACGGCUGCAGUGGAGAGAGUCCAGCAGCGCCUCCUGCUGGAGGAUCCACAGCUUCCCCCAGGAGCCCUGAUACAUGUCGCCAAACACCUGGGCAACCUGGGCUUCAACAUCUGGAACAAGAUGAAGGACCUGAUCUCCUACAGUCCUGUGAUUCUGGACCCAAACACUGCUCAUGUAGACCUCGUCCUGUCUGAAGGUCUGACCUGUGUGACAUGGGAAGGGAGACAGAACGUUCCAGAGACUCCAGAAAGGAUUAAACACUUCUUCAGCUCUGUGCUGGGCUCCGAGAGCUUUAACUCAGGACAGCACAGCUGGGACGUGGAGGUUGGAGACAGUAAAUGCUGGAGCCUGGGUGUGUUAUCCGGGUCCAUCCAGAUGACGGGAUUCAAGCAGUCUGGAUUAUGGAGAAUAUGGUCCUUUCAUGGUGAAUGCAGAGCAGUCUCCUCAUCACAUCCGUCCACUGUUCUCUCUGUGAAGGAGGAGCUCCAGAGGAUCAGGGUGAAUCUGGACUGGGACAGAGGACAGCUGUCGUUCUCUGAUCCUGAUACUAACACACACAUACACACCUUCACACACACUUUCAGUGAGAGACUGUUUCCAUACGUUUCCUCGAGGGAUGAACCUGCUCUGAAGAUUUUACCAGUGAAGGUCUUUGUGACUGUGGAGCAAAAGAAGUAGAUGAA